GCUCCUGUCAAUCAUACAAAACAGCCGGCCAUAUAAGAGCGACCAGCAACCUUCGACCGAAUCAAUUGCCACUGUCCGACCAGACUACCGGUCGCAUCGCAACUCACCGCUAUAGCUCUCCAGUUCAAGCCAUCGACUAACAGACUUCGGAACUCCCGUCUUUUGUAUUUUGAGGCAAGACGCCCCGGUCUACUAUGUACGAAGUUGACUCCUACUACCGCCCACCUCCUACAUUCGGCAUGACGUACCCACCCCCACCUGCCCGGAGCUGGGUGCCCGACGUCCCCGCGUACUCCGGACACGCCAUGGACAAAACUUCGCCCGUCUCCUCGCCACACGACGAUAUGAGGUACCGUUACCCUACCUACCGCACCACGGGAGAGCUGGGCAUGCACAAGAUGCACACGUACGAGCCACCCAUCACUCCUCCGUCAAAGGCAUCAGGUGCAGGGGAUCUGACCAACUUGGACUACGGACACCCCCCUCAACUAGGCAACGGCAACGAUGACUACGGAGACGGCGACUCGGAUGGAUCGGGCGACCAGGACAGCCCGUCGGGGCACGGAGUGAAGCGUUCUGCCGACGACUCCCACGGCGCGUCCGGCGGACCAGGCAUGGCCAAGAAGACCAAGGGUCGGGUCAAGAUCAAGAUGGAAUUCAUCGACAACAAGCUGAGACGCUACACCACUUUUUCCAAGAGGAAGACCGGCAUUAUGAAGAAGGCCUACGAGCUGUCCACCCUGACGGGAACGCAGGUGAUGCUCUUGGUGGCCAGCGAGACCGGACAUGUUUACACCUUCGCCACGAGAAAGCUCCAGCCCAUGAUCACCAGCGAGGCGGGCAAGGCGCUCAUCCAGACCUGCCUCAACUCCCCCGACCCUCCCAGCCAGGGCCAGGCGUCCGGACAUGGCCAACACGACCAGAGAAUGUCCGUCACAGGCUACGAGGAGACCGAUCUGACCUAUUCCACCGAAGCUGAAGACAACAUGAAGAUGCAGAAGCCGACCAUGUUCACGGUAGCGAACGUUCCGGGCGCCAGCGGUGAUGGUCCGGGCGGGGCUGCGGUGAACACGGCGACCAGCAUACAGAUGGGCAGCGCGGGGUUCCCCAUCACCAGCUACAUGGCACCUGUCUCCACCACGGCAGGCGGCGGCAAGACCACCCCUACCAUGCAGAUACCAGGCAGCUUCACAGCUGUGCUUCCACCAGGUACGCCCCUCCUCAGCCAGGUACAACAGGGAACCUCCCAGUCUCAACAGAUCCAACAGCAACAGCAACAACAGAUGGUCUACAGGGUCAACGGACAGCCUGCCUUCACAAGUGGUAGUCAGAGCCAUCAGCAGUCCGUGGUCUACACCAUGACUCAGGCAGGAGGAGGGGACAGUCAACAGGACUCCAGCUCCAUCAUCAACAGCCAGAACACAAGCACCAGUAUGGCUACGACCAGUGGCAGCAGCACGCUGACGGGCCACGUGAUGUACCAGACCCCCCAGGGAGUCGUGUACGCGGCCCCCACCUCCAUGACGGAGGCCGGAGUCGUACUGAACUACCCCCAGGGUCCCUCCGCCAUCCCAGUCCCACAACAGCAGGUCCAAGACCAAGUCUUCUGUGUGCUGUAGUCUUGUCGGUUCGCACGUGUGUUCCUCGACCUUCCCUCACCAUUCUCCCUUGUAAAACCCUACAUCAUUCAAGCCCCUGUCACCAAUUAAUAGUCCUCAAACCUUUCAGAGAAAAUUCAUAAUCCCUUCUAUUAUUUAUAAGUAUCUUCUUGAGAAAAUUAAUAAUCCUUACUUAAACCUUUCGUAGAAAAUUCAUAUUAAUCCUUCUAUAAUUUAUAAAUUUAAACCUUUUAGAGAAAAUUCAUUAUCCGUAUUUAAAUCUUUCAUAGAAAAUUCAUAAUCCUUCUAUAAUUUAUAAUUAUAUACCUUUUAGAGGAAAUUCCUGAUCCCUAUUUGAAUUUAUCAGAGAAAACAUAUAUUUCUAUAUAACGUCACUCCAAGAAUGACACUUUUAAUUCCUCUUUUUUGGUAGACAAAGUAAUUUAUUAAAUCAUUCAAAUUUUGAUUUUUGAUCAACACUGUCCCUCUCAUGUCCCUUCCAUCCAUCUAUGGCCUUUCCCUUGCUCCUGUCCACAAGCAACCUCUACUUUUGUUGCUCUCUGCCUCCCCUUUUCUCUAUUCUACUUUGUACUGAAAAAAAAAUCACACAGAAAGCCUUUACUUCUAUACACAAAACUGGUUCAAUAUGGCUGUCUACUUGCACAGUCUACACUUUCAAAUUACUACUUUCAUUGUCCACCUUUCUGCCUGCUGCCUUUUCUAGUUUAUACACCCAAAAUCUCACUUUUAAACGCAAAGCUGGUCCAAUCUGUCUACUUCUACACUUUACAGUACACUUUGAAAUCACUACCCAAAACCUAUACAUGGUCUAAAAUCGAGAUCCCAGCCUCAUUCAGAACAUACUUGCACAAAUGUACAGUUUCAAAAUUACCCAAAACCUCAAUGGUCUAAAAUCAAGUUCUUCAACCACGUUAGCAUAGUACUGGCCAUGGUACAGUACUUGUACAGUCUACACUUUCAAAUUACUACCCAAAACCUGGUGUAAAAUGUACAUGUAGAUCUCUAUGGUCUAAAAAAAAA